CAGGCGCUCGGCUUAGCGCAGGCGCACAGCGCGCCUUGGUUGUCAAACAUGGCUGAAGUGCCGCCGCUGCCGCUACUGCUGCUGCAGGGAAAAUGCUGAGCCCUCCUGGGCCCGGUGGGCGGCGGCGGCAAGGGCGGCGACGGGCACCUGCUUCCCGGGCGCUGCGGCGGCGGCCAUGGCCCGGCUGGCCGACUACUUCAUCGUAGUAGGCUACGACCACGAGAAGCCAGGGUCAGGAGCAGGUCUGGGGAAAAUAAUCCAAAGAUUUCCGCAGAAGGACUGGGAUGAUACUCCUUUUCCACAGGGAAUUGAAUUGUUUUGUCAACCUGGUGGGUGGCAGCUGUCCAGAGAGAGGAAGCAGCCAACAUUUUUUGUGGUGGUCCUGACAGAUAUUGACUCAGAUCGACAUUACUGCUCAUGCCUAACCUUCUAUGAGGCAGAAAUCAAUCUACAGGGAACAAAGAAGGAAGAGAUUGAAGGUGAAGUGGAAGGGUCUGGUUUAAUUCAGCCCGCAGAAGUAUUUGCUCCCAAAAGCCUGGUGUUGGUAUCCAGAUUAGAUUAUCCAGAAAUUUUUAGGGCUUGCCUAGGUUUGAUCUACACUGUAUAUGUGGAUAGUUUGAAUGUCUCCUUGGAAAGUCUCAUUGCAAACCUGUGUGCGUGCCUUGUCCCAGCAGCUGGAGGGUCUCAGAAGCUGUUCUCCUUGGGUGCGGGAGACAGACAGCUGAUCCAGACUCCUUUGCAUGACAGUCUUCCUGUCACAGGCACUAGUGUGGCUCUCCUGUUCCAGCAGUUGGGAAUUCAAAAUGUCCUCAGCCUCUUCUGUGCAGUUCUCACAGAAAAUAAGGUUCUCUUCCAUUCUGCAAGUUUCCAGAGACUUAGUGAUGCUUGCAGAGCCCUGGAAUCUUUAAUGUUUCCUCUUAAAUAUAGUUAUCCUUAUAUUCCCAUUCUCCCGGCUCAGCUACUAGAAGUUCUAAGUUCCCCAACACCUUUCAUUAUUGGAGUACAUUCUAUCUUUAAAACUGAUAUCCAUGAACUUCUAGAUGUAAUCAUAGCAGAUUUGGAUGGAGGCACUAUUAAAAUUCCUGAAUGUAUUCAUCUCUCUUCCCUCCCGGAACCACUUCUACAUCAGACUCAAGCAGCUCUUUCUUUGAUUCUACACCCAGAUUUGGAAGUAGCAGAUCAUGCUUUUCCCCCUCCACGAACAGCUUUAUCCCAUUCAAAAAUGCUGGAUAAAGAAGUACGUGCAGUUUUUCUUAGAUUAUUUGCACAACUUUUCCAAGGAUAUAGAUCAUGCCUACAGCUUAUAAGAAUUCAUGCAGAACCGGUAAUACAUUUUCACAAGACAGCUUUCUUGGGGCAGCGUGGUUUGGUUGAGAAUGAUUUCCUCACUAAAGUGCUCAAUGGAAUGGCAUUUGCAGGUUUUGUUUCAGAAAGAGGUCCACCCUAUAGAUCCUGUGAUCUCUUUGAUGAGUUGGUAGCUUUUGAAGUAGAGCGAAUUAAGGUUGAAGAAAAUAACCCAGUGAAGAUAAUAAAGCAUGUCAGAGAACUUGCCGAGCAACUGUUCAAAAAUGAGAAUCCUAACCCUCAUAUGGCAUUCCAGAAAGUUCCACGCCCAACAGAAGGAUCCCACUUGCGAGUUCAUAUUCUGCCUUUCCCAAAAAUUAAUGAAACUCGGGUACAGGAAUUAAUACAGGAAAAUCUUGCUAAGAACCAGAAUGCGCCUCCUGCUUCACGAGUGGAAAAGAAAUGUGUUGUGCCAGCAGGUCCACCUGUUGUCUCCAUAAUGGAUAAGGUGACAACAGUUUUCAACAGUGCACAGAGAUUGGAAGUUGUUAGAAAUUGCAUCUCUUUCAUAUUUGAAAAUAAAACGUUGGAGACUGAAAAGACCCUUCCAGCUGCAUUGAGAGCCCUUAAAGGAAAGGCAGCAAGACAGUGUCUCACUGAUGAGCUGGGUUUGCAUGUCCAGCAAAACAGGGCUAUAUUAGACCACCAACAGUUUGACUACAUAAUAAGGAUGAUGAACUGUACUCUACAGGAUUGUUCAAGUUUAGAAGAAUAUAACAUUGCUGCAGCAUUACUCCCUUUGACCAGUGCUUUCUACAGGAAACUGGCCCCUGGAGUCAGCCAGUUUGCUUACACCUGUGUGCAGGACCACCCCAUUUGGACGAAUCAGCAAUUUUGGGAGACAACCUUCUACAGUGCAGUGCAGGAACAGGUUCGCUCUCUGUAUCUCUCAGCCAAGGAAGACAAUCAUGCCCCAUAUCUGAAGCAAAAGGAUAAGCUUCCAGAUGACCAGUAUCAGGAAAAGACAGCAAUGGACCUGGCAGCUGAGCAGCUACGACUUUGGCCUUCUCUGAGCAAAUCAACUCAGCAGGAGCUGGUGCAACGUGAGGAAAGCACUGUCUUCAGUCAGGCCAUUCAUUUUGCAAACCUCAUGGUGAACCUGCUGGUUCCAUUGGAUACAAGUAAGAAUAAGCUCCUAAAAACAUCAGCACCAGGCGACUGGGAGAGUGGAAGCAACAGCAUUGUCACAAACAGUAUUGCAGGAAGUGUAGCUGAGAGCUAUGAUACAGAAAGUGGGUUUGAAGAUUCAGAGAAUAAUGACAUCGCCAAUUCUGUUGUGCGAUUCAUUACCCGAUUUAUUGACAAGGUUUGCACAGAAAGUGGAGUUACUCAGGAUCACAUCAAGAGCCUUCAUUGCAUGAUACCAGGAAUUGUAGCUAUGCACAUUGAGACCCUAGAAGCAGUACAUCGAGAGAGUAGAAGACUCCCACCGAUACAGAAGCCCAAGAUUCUUAGACCUGCUCUACUGCCAGGAGAAGAAAUCGUCUGUGAAGGUCUUCGAGUCCUGCUAGACCCUGACGGAAGAGAAGAAGCCACUGGAGGCCUUCUUGGAGGCCCUCAGCUACUGCCAGCAGAAGGAGCCUUAUUCCUCACCACAUACAGAAUUCUGUUCAGAGGGACUCCCCAUGAUCAGCUGGUUGGGGAGCAGACAGUUGUGCGGAGUUUUCCCAUUGCCUCCAUCACCAAGGAGAAGAAGAUUACGAUGCAGAACCAGCUCCAGCAGAACAUGCAAGAGGGACUACAAAUUACAUCAGCAUCCUUUCAGUUGAUUAAAGUAGCGUUUGAUGAAGAAGUGAGUCCAGAAGUAGUAGAGAUCUUUAAGAAACAGCUGAUGAAGUUCCGUUAUCCUCAGUCCAUUUUCACCACCUUUGCUUUUGCUGCUGGACAAACUACCCCACAAAUAAUUUUACCCAAACAGAAGGAAAAGAACACCUCCUUCCGUAUCUUCUCAAAAACAAUUGUGAAAGGUGCCAAAAGGGCAGGAAAAAUGACAAUUGGGCGGCAGUAUUUAUUGAAGAGGAGGACAGGGACAAUUGUGGAAGAGAGAGUGAAUCGUCCUGGAUGGAAUGAAGAAGAUGACGUAUCAGUUUCAGAUGAUAGUGAACUCCCCACAAAUACCACUCUGAAGGCCUCAGAGAAGUCUACAAUGGAACAGUUAGUGGAAAAAGCUUGUUUCAGAGACUAUCAACGUUUAGGUUUGGGAACCAUAAGUGGCAGCUCUUCUCGCUCAAAACCAGAGUAUUUUCGAAUCACUGCCUCCAACAGGAUGUAUUCACUCUGCCGGAGCUAUCCUGGCCUUUUGGUUGUACCUCAAGCUGUACAAGACAGUAGUUUACCAAGAGUCGCCCGCUGCUAUCGACACAAUCGCCUGCCUGUUGUAUGUUGGAAGAAUUCAAAAAGCAGUACCCUGCUUCUCCGAUCUGGAGGAUUCCAUGGGAAGGGAGUGGUUGGUCUUUUCAAAUCUCAGAACUCCCCUCAGGCAGCUCCUACCUCCUCUUUAGAAUCUUCCAGUAGCAUAGAACAAGAAAAAUACUUGCAAGCCUUACUGAAUGCAGUUUCUGUCCAACAGAAACUCAGUGGCAAUAACACCCUUACUGUCAGACCAGCACUUGCUCUGUCUCCAGGGACUGAAAGGAGGACUUCAAGAAUGUCCACUGUGCUUAAGCAGGUAGUGCCAGGACAUUUGGAUGUAAACCCAUCCAAUAGCUUUGCUCGAGGAGUGCAUGGGUACAGAGAUAAAUGUUUUAUUCAGUCAAACCCCAAAUCUUCAACUAAGGGAAGAAUCCAUAAUCAAGGUGUUUGGGCAAGUCUUCGCUCUAGCACUCGCCUCAUCAGCUCUCCAACAUCUUUCAUUGAUGUUGGCGCCCGGCUGGCAGGCAGGGACCACUCGGCCUCCUUUAGCAACAGCACCUACCUGCAAAACCAGCUCUUGAAACGCCAAACGGCCCUUUAUAUAUUUGGUGAAAAGUCGCAACUAAGGAACUUCAAGUUAGAAUUUGCUUUAAAUUGUGAGUUUGUUCCUGUUGAAUUUCAUGACAUCCGACAAGUAAAAGCCAGUUUUAAAAAAUUGAUGAGGGCUUGUGUUCCAAGCACCAUCCCUACUGACUCAGAAGUGACCUUCCUGAAAGCCCUGGGAGAUUCUGAGUGGUUCCCGCAGCUUCACAGGAUAAUGCAGCUGGCUGUGGUUAUAUCAGAAGUACUUGAGAAUGGUUCCUCAGUUUUGGUCUGUUUGGAGGAAGGCUGGGACAUCACUGCACAAGUGACAUCCUUGGUUCAGUUACUCAGUGAUCCCUUUUAUAGGACACUUGAAGGCUUCCGGAUGUUGGUCGAAAAAGAGUGGCUCUCUUUUGGUCAUAAAUUUAGUCAGCGGAGCAGCUUGACUCUCAACUGUCAGGGUAGUGGUUUUACUCCCAUAUUCCUGCAGUUCUUAGACUGUGUACACCAGGUUCACAGCCAGUAUCCAACUGAGUUUGAAUUCAAUCUCUAUUACUUGAAGUUCUUGGCUUUCCACUAUGUGUCUAAUCGCUUUAAAACAUUUCUCCUGGAUUCAGACUAUGAAAGAUUAGAGCAUGGAACGUUGUUUGACGAUAAAGGAGACAAGCAUGCCAAAAAAGGAAUUUGUAUUUGGGAGUGUAUUGAUAGAAUGCACAAGAGGAGUCCCAUUUUCUUUAAUUAUUUAUAUUCACCAAUGGAAAUAGAGGCCCUGAAGCCCAGUGUAAAUGUCUCCAGCCUCAAGAAGUGGGAUUAUUACACAGAGGAGACCCUUUCCACAGGCCCUUCAUAUGACUGGAUGAUGCUAACCCCCAAGCACUUCCCCUCCUCCGAGGACUCUGAAGUGGCUGGAGGAGCUGGCCCCCAGAGCCGGAGGAGAACAGUGUGGCCCUGCUAUGAUGAUAUCAGCUGUGCUCAGCCCGAUGCUCUCACCAGCCUUUUCAGUGAAAUUGAAAGAUUGGAGCAUAAAUUGAACCAAACCUCUGAGAAGUGGCAGCAGCUGUGGGAAAGAGUAACUGUGGACCUUAAAGAAGAGCCCAGAACAGACCGUCCCCAGAGACACCCUUCAGGCUCCCCAGGAAUUGUGUCUACCAACCUACCUUCCUAUCAGAAGAGGUCUCUGCUGCACCUGCCAGACAGCAGCACGGGGGAGGAGCAGAGUGCCAGCAUCUCCCCAUCCAAUGGAGUGGACCGGAGAGCGGCCACGCUGUACAGCCAGUACACAACCAAGAAUGAUGAGAACAGGUCCUUCGAAGGAACACUUUACAAAAGAGGGGCUCUGCUGAAAGGUUGGAAGCCCCGUUGGUUCGUGUUGGAUGUAACAAAACAUCAGCUGCGAUACUAUGACUCAGGUGAGGACACAAGCUGUAAAGGCCACAUUGAUCUGGCUGAAGUAGAAAUGGUCAUCCCCGCUGGCCCUAGCAUGGGAGCCCCAAAGCACACGAGUGACAAGGCUUUCUUUGAUCUCAAGACCAGCAAACGUGUGUAUAACUUCUGUGCCCAGGAUGGACAGAGUGCCCAGCAGUGGAUGGACAGGAUCCAGAGCUGUAUCUCUGACGCCUGAUGCCCAUGGUCAACCCAAGCAAAAAAGAGGGAGGAAAGCCUCGUGCUGUCAGAUAGAAUAAAGUGCAUGAAUCCUUGAGGAGCUGACAGCUUCCUCUUUGGUUCUGAGGAGUCAUCCCAGGCCUGAGGUUCUUCUGCCCAGUCUUACCCAGUGCCCUCUUUGAACAAUUGCUAUGUCUGCUUAGCCUGAAUGAAUAUGUCACAGAGGUCUGGUCAAGAACCCCAGGCACUCCCUGUAUCUUGCACUAGGUUGUUCUAACAGGGUCUUAGUGGUUAGGGAUCAGAAGAAUGCUUCCUGAGCCAACUGUCACCCAUCCCCUAGAUAAAUGGUUUCUAUUUACUUGAGUCCUUCUUGAUGAAACUAGAUCCUUUUUGUUCCCCAAGGUCAUAAUUUCCUUGGAGAGCUUUCUGACAAGCAAAAAUCAAAACCCCGCCAACACUAUCUCAUGUUCUGCACAGAACAGAUUUCCCAGCAGAAUAGCUCCUACUCCUACUGCCUGACCUUAGAGAUGCUCAGCUAUCUGGUGCUGCCAAAAGGUGCUUCCAUAACCCCUGCUCGGCCAUGGGGGAUCACAGCAAGAACAUGAGUGCUCAGUGGCAGACGGGGAACACGCAGGAUUCUCCUGAAGGAGAAAGACGGUCCAGGGAAUGAUGCAACAAUGACAAGGCCAAUGCAGGAAAAUACUACUUUCAAACACUGAAUUUUUCUAGGCCACAGGUGCCCUGAGGAUCCAGGACUUUGUGUUCCUGUGUAUUCUUCUGUUCCCUGACAGCUCCUUACACAGAAUAACAUGCAAAAAGCUGAAUGCACUAACUCACAAAAUAAACACUUGCACUGAACUCCUAAUGAAGUGAAGGUGUUGGAAAGACAGAAGCAAGCUGUCUACAAGCACAUUACACCUGUGCCAGGGGCUGUGUCUGUGGCACAAUCAGAUACCCAAACAGCACUUGUGCAUGUGAACAGUAAGAACUGUUUGUAGAUUUUCUCUACUUUUGAUAACCUUGUGUUUGUUCAGCUAAAGAUCCGAGGAAUGCUGUUUGUUCCCUGUGAGGAGCAGCAGCAUCUCUGCUACAGGCAUUGAAGCCCAACUGGAGUCAGAGGUAGCUAGAUCGCUGUUUUGAAAUGUUAAUAUGUUAAAUACCAAACUAAUAUUUCAAAAAUAUGUACAUACGAUUUCUAUAUCCUUGUUUUUCAGAUAGCCUACUUAUAAUUUAAUAUAAAAGUAACUGAUUCAUGCAUAAGAUUUCAGUAAUGAAAAUAGUUCCCUUUUUAAAAAAUAAAAAAAAACCACUUUGUCUUUGUAGAUGAAAAAUAAAUCAGAUUUUCAAAUUUAAAAUUACCUACACUCUAGGAAAUAGACCUGUGUUAAUAUAUAAGAAAUUGGGGAUAAUAAGAAUGAAGGAUUUUUCUACCAUUUUCAUUUUAUAAAUUGCCACCUGUGAAAAUGAUUUUUGCACAUUAUUUGUAUUUUUUCUUUGUAUAUGAAAUAAUUUUUUGUACUUUGUAAAAUACGGAGCCCAUUGUACCUUCAGCGAUUUGAGACUGUAUACAGUGCUUCUUUUAUAACUGGAUUCUUUUAACUUUCAUAAAGGUUACAUGCCUUACAUGCACUAACCACCCCGAAUUAAAUUUAUUUCUUAAGAAA